GGCCGAGCGAUACUGGACCCCACGAGGCCGUCCGUACUCUGGAGGAAGCCGCCAGCAGCUGCUGGGCAGCGGUCCUUUGAACUCCCGGAGAGGCCCACAGAACCUCAGCUUCCGAGGACCGCUUCUGCCCAGAGAGAGCGUGGUUCCCCCCAGCCUCGCCAGGGUGGCCCUGCGUGGACAGAAGCCACCGCCAUCGCACCUGCCGAGCCCAUUCUCAGCUAUGAGAACAUUUUUAGGUCUGCUUUUCAAGAAGUACCAGCCCAACAGGCAACGGAGGAUGUUUCUGCCUUAGACCAUUUCUUAGAAACAAGUGAUGAAGAAAAACCUGGCCUCGAACCUCUGCAUAAACUGUGUUCUGAAUCCAGAAAAGUCUGGGGAGCUCUUCAGAGCGCCGCGUGCACGUCGACUUCCCGAUGCCUCUGGGGCGCGUCCCACUGCCGGGAAAGCCUCCUCCUCGUGCUGGGGGUGGACGCCGCUCAGGGCCACGCUCAGGGACAGCCAGACCUGGCGGAGCCCGCGGAGCCGGGCGCGCACGGCUUCUGCCUGCGCCGCUGCAGGGCCCUGAUCCAGACCAAGCUCGCAGGGACGCUGGGGGGCAGACAAGGUGGCCUGGUCACUUACAGCCUUUUCCUGAAGACGCCCUUCUGGGGCGCUGGGCAGCACAUGAGGAUUCCGAGGAAGAAGAUUCUCACCCCCCGUAACCUCGAAAUGACGCUGUGCAAGAGUGAUGUCUGCUGACGCGGGAGGACUGUGUCUCCGUGGGGGAUUUUGUUUUCUCACCUCUUGGGAGGGUGGUCUGGGACCCCCCCCCCGCCCCCGCCGGCUGGCAUCAGGCUGCCCUCUGAAGGCGCCCGCCCCAGCCCAACGGGACAGAAGGAAGCGGCUCCAGGGCCCCGGGGGCGCUGUGAGGGUCCGGACUGGCUGCCCAGAGGGUGGCCUCGCACGUGGUUGGGUCUGUCGCUGGGAGCAGUUGUUCAGGGACCUGGAAAGCCCUGUGCACGAUGCCCCUGGGCGCCCCCGGCCAGGGUUUCCAGGCGGGUGGGGCACAGGCUUGGGGGCGUGGCUGCAAGACAAGCGGUUGGCACUGACUUUUGUAAAACUGUAUUAAACACAAAACAAGCUGGA